AUGGCGGUUGAGACGAGAUCUCAGGUGAACAGACAAGAUCUGGGCGGCGAUGGAGCUCGGGAAGGUGAAACAGAGACGAUCGGAGACACACGGAGCUUACUCGAUCGUACUCAGGCGAUAGAAAAGGCACUUGCGGAGCAAGAUAAGAAGAUGGACCGGAACAUCGCAGAUAUGAUACACAUGAUUCCCGUCCAACAAGCUUCAUCGAGUUGUCAACCAAAGGACAAGAGCCCGAUGACUGAUUCAGGGUCUCCGGAUUCUUAUGGAAGUAGUCUUGACUAUCAUCGUGGGGGUGGAUCUAUCCCUGGCCAUUAUCCGGGAGUUACGCGUUUGGGAAGGGUGGAUUUUCCACGUUUUGAUGGUGAGCGGUUCUCAGAGUGGGUUUGUAAGGUGGAGGAUUACUUUGUUCUGGAUGCUACACCAGAUAGCUCGAAGGUACGAAUGGCUUCCAUGCACUUUGACAGCCAUGCGUCGGUGUGGCAUCACGCUCUCGUCCAAACACCUUUUGGUCAGAGUUUGCUGAACGAUUGGAUCUCUUAUAAACUUUUGAUGAGAGAGAGGUUUGUGGAUGCGUUGGAGGAUCCGAUUGCAGAUCUCAAAAACUUGCGGGAGACGGCAGGAAUUGUUGAGUAUCAUCAGAAGUUUGAAGCGAUCAGGGCAAGAGUUUCACUCUCGGAGGAUUAUCUGGUGCGUGCUUACCUUGCAGGACUCCGGCUUGACACUCAAGUGCACAUCAGGAUGUUUCAGCCGCAGACUGUUCGCCAGUGUCUGGUGUUGGGGCGUCUUUAUGAAACAGCUCAUCCGGUGGCUAAAGGGUCUUUACAAGGAGGAACAACAGCUAAAUUCAUCAAUAGUGGCAACACAACGUCUGUAACUAAGCAAAACAUGUCACACCGAAAAGAGGUGGGACAGGAGGUUGUUGGCAGUACGUUACCCAAGCAAGCUAGGAAGUACUUGUCGCAAGAGGAAAUGAGUGAGAGAAGGGCCAAGGGGUUGUGUUUUCAGUGCGAUGAGAAGUAUACACCUGAUCAUUACUUAAAGCAUAAGAAAACACAGGUAUAUAUGAUUGAAGUAGGGGGAGAAGAGGAGAUUUGGGAACAAGAGGAGAGCGUAGAGCUUGUAUCAGAGGAAAAGGAUAUGCCACGAGUUUCAAUCAGUGCUGUUGCAGGAAUCACAGAUUACCAUACCUUGAAAGUAAGGGGGGUUCGCAAGAAGAAAGUGAUGUUCAUUUUACCUGACACCGGGUCAACACAUAAUUUCAUGGACCCUAGGACAGCACAAAAGUUGGGGUUGUCAAUACAAUCUGCAGGGAUUUCUCGUGUGGCGGUUGCGGAUGGAAGAGUGCAAUGGUUAGCACCCUUGGGAGACACCACUUGGAACUUCCAAAAGUUGGAGAUGGGUUUUUGGUGGAAUAAACAGAGGAUUCUGCUUCACGGUAUCAAACCUGGUGCAGUCAGAACGGUUAAAGCCAAGAAGUUUAACGAGUAUGACAAAGAUGAAGUGCAAGUAUCGAUGAUUUGUGCUCAAGAAGUGGUGGAGGAGGAAGACUUGACAUUAUAUGCACUGGAGUUGAGUCGCAGAACAAAUGAAGACAAUGCGGCAAUUCUGCAGUUAAAAACAGAGUAUGCUGAUAUCUUUGCAGAACCUACCGAACUACCGCCGUUCAGGAAGAAUCAUGAUCAUCAGAUCGUGUUGCAGUCUGGUUCUGACCCUGUCAAUCAGAGGCCAUACCGCUAUGCAGUUUAUCAAAAAAAUGAAAUAGAUAGAAUUGUGGAGGAAUUAUUGACUGCAGGCACCAUCCGAGUGAGCUCAAGCCCCUUCUCUUCACCAGUGGUGUUGGUCAAAAAGAAAGAUGAUACGUGGAGGUUGUGUGUAGAUUACAGGGCAUUGAACGGUAAGACGGUUAAGAACCGGUUUCCGAUUCCUUUGAUUGAAGAUCUCAUGGACGAACUAGGCGGUUCUACUGUGUUCUCGAAGAUUGACUUAAGAGCAGGAUAUCACCAAGUAAAAAUGGCACCAGAGGAUGUGCCUAAGACUGCUUUCAAAACUCACAGUGGCCACUUUGAAUAUCUGGUCAUGCCCUUUGGGCUAACAAACGCCCCUGCUACUUUUCAAGGAUUGAUGAACGGUAUUCAAGGAUUUUCUGCGGAAGUUCGUUCUGAUCUUUUUUGA